UUUGAGGGCGCGGCAUAUUCAGACUUUGUGCGUUGUCUACAGAUCUCCCAAAUAUUCGACGUAAGACAUUUGCAGAUCUAAGGGUUCUGUCCAAUUAUAACAGAUGAACUUCAGUUUUCAAUUCCUCGACAUUACAACCAACCCUACUGUAAAUACUAUCUAUGGUACUAUAUUAUCGAUACCAUGGACCAGUGAACUAUGGUUAGUUUCACUAAUUGGAUUUCAUUUCCUCACAUCCAUAUGUGUAAUUGCUUUCCGCAAGUGUACAAAUUUGUUGCUGUGUAUUUUGCUUAUUUCCCUUGGUACUGUUUGGUUUUCACACCGGAUUAAUGAAUUCGCUGCUAAUAACUGGAAGUAACAAUCUUUUGCAAGUAUUUUAACCUUUCUAGCUUGUUCGCUACUGAGCAAUAUUUUGAUAGUUAUGGAUAUUUCAUAUCUUGUAUUUGGAACAUUCCUGUUAUUUUAAACAGUCUACUAAUUGUUGUAAGUUCACUUAUUCCUAUUUACUUUUCACAUUAGCUACUCCUUGUUUUACAGAUCAACAGUUUAAUAAUUCAAUCUAAACGAUUGCAAAUCGCUAACAAAAAGCGAUUAAAAACAGAUUAAAAAACCUUGUUGAUUUUUAAUUAAAUUUCUAAGUUUGUAACUGAUUACUGUUUUUUCGCGUGCCAAGUCCGUUUUUUAAAUGACUUAGCCAAUUGUUACACUAAAUUACAUAUAAUUAGACUGAAAAAAAGUGACAGGGAUAACAUAUAUGGCACAGAUUUAUGAAACCUCAUACUGCUGUUUAGUUUUGUGGUUGUUGCGAUUAUAUAAAAGUGACUGAAGGCUGCACUGGUGUGGUUGAAAACGAACUCAAUGUAUACACCUACUUCACAAGUACCUUGAGAUAUUUCGUGUCACUUUACUCUAUUCAUUUUUGGAUUGUUAAACUAUGAUGUUACUUAGUUUAUUUCUACAUGUGAGGUUAAAAUAUACACCAUCUUAAAUCGAUGCGUUUUCUUAUGAAAUUUAUGAAUAAUAGUCGCUUUUGAAGUAGUCUCUGCUCCCAUAUAAGCUGGUUCCAAAAGGCAUAGUAGUUUAGCAUUGAUUUUCUCGUAUGCCAUAUCAAGAUAGAUGCUAAGUU